CUCGUUGCUGCACAUGAAUCAUCUCUGUUGCUGCAACACCUGAGCAACAAAACAACAAUGGUGAAUUUGUUGUCUGCAAAUGGAGAAGCCUUGAUUGCACAAAGCAUCUGUGGAGCUGUGUUGAAAGGAAACUGGAAAAAUGUUCUGAAACACAAAGUUGAUUCUGGGUUAUUGAAAUCAGCGAUCAUCACUCAGGUAAUCUCAGAGCUUUCUUUGUAUUCUGGUUACGGCGGACCUUCUCUUUCAUGGAGUUUUUAUACCUGGACUGAUUCGUUACCAAGUUGUAAGCAUAGUUUACAAUCAUCUUGGAGAAUGAUUUUGAUUUUAACGAAACACAAGCAUUUCAAAACUGCACACCAACUGCUCGAUAAAUUGUCUCAGAGAGAGCUUUUGUCAUCUCCACUUGUUUUGAGAUCUUUACUUGGAGGUGUUUCAGAAGACCCAGAAGUUUUAUCUCACGUUUUUAGCUGGUUGAUUAUAUAUUAUGCUAAAUCCGGGAUGGUCAGUGAUUCUAUUGAGGUGUUUGAGCAGAUUAGGAGUUGUGGAUUGAAGCCUCAUUUGCAAGCUUGUACUGUGUUACUGAAUAGUCUGGUUAAAGAGAGAUUGACUGAUACAGUUUGGAAAGUUUUCAAGAAGAUGGUUAAGUUAGGUGUUGUGGCUAACAUUCAUGUGUAUAAUGUAUUGGUUCAUGCUUGUUCUAAAUCCGGAGAUCCUGAGAAAGCUGAGAAAUUUUUGAGUGAGAUGGAAGAAAAAGGUGUGUUUCCUGAUCUUUUUACCUACAACACGUUGAUCUCGGUGUACUGCAAAAAGGGUAUGCAUUAUGAGGCUUUAUCUGUGCAAGAUAGGAUGGAGAGAAGUGGGGUUGCUCCUGAUAUCGUCACUUAUAACUCACUCAUACAUGGGUUUAGUAGAGAAGGUAGAAUGAGGGAAGCGACAAGGCUGUUUCGGGAGAUCAAAGGAGUUGUUACUGCGAACCAUGUUACUUAUACUACUUUGAUUGAUGGGUAUUGUAGAAUGAAUGAUAUAGAUGAAGCUUUGAGGUUACGUGAGGUGAUGGAGUCAAGAGGGUUUACUCCUGGAGUCGUGACCUAUAACUCGAUUCUACGUAAGUUAUGUGAAGAUGGAAGAAUACGAGAAUCUAACAGGUUUUUGAGUGAGAUGAGUGGGAAAAAGAUAGAACCUGAUAAUAUCACUUGCAAUACUUUGAUCAACGCAUAUUGCAAAAUCGGGGACAUGGUAUCUGCUGUGAAGGUAAAGAAGAAGAUGAUUGAAUCGGGGCUAAGACUUGACAUGUAUUCAUACAAAGCAUUGGUUCACGGGUUUUGUAAAGUGCUGGAACUGGACAAUGCAAAGGAGGAACUGUUCUCUAUGCUAGAGAAAGGCUUGUCUCCAGGAUAUUCAGCCUAUUCUUGGCUCGUUGAUGGAUUUUACAACCAGAACAAGCAAGAAGAAACCGUAAAAUUCCCAGAGGAGUUUGAGAAAAGAGGUCUUUGUCCUGAUGUUGCUCUAUACAGAGGAUUAAUAAGAAGGCUUUGUAAGUUAGAACAAGUGAAUUACGCCAAAGUGUUAUUCGAGUCAAUGGAAAAGAAGGGUUUAGUGGGAGAUAGCGUAAUAUACACUAGCAUGGCUUAUGCGUAUUGGAGAACAGGGAAUGUCACUGAAGCUUCUGCUUUGUUCGAUACAAUGUAUAAUCGACGGUUGAUGGUAAACUUGAAACUGUAUAAAUCCAUCAGUGCCUCUUACGCUGGUGAUGAAGAUGUUUUGAAGUUCUUUUGGAGUCACGUAGGUGAUAGAUGUCUUAUAUCGAAGAGUAUUUUACAAGAAAUGAAUAGAAGUGAGGUCUUGUGAAGUUAACUAGUGAGUGCCUGUAUAAGCUCAGUACUGAUCAUGUCAAUGUUGAAAUACUUGGUUAGACUUUGGAGUCUCUUGACCUUGUAGGUGACAUAUCAGAUUUUUAUGAAGAAUC